CGUUUCUACUCCGUCAAACGUCGCGGGAACACUCGACGGUCACAUUGGAGUCCGACUCAAGUCGGUGAGUAUUUUAGGCUGAAUGUGACACGAGUAUGCAGUUAUGUUCUGUAAGAAAUUUGGACGACUUGCUUUUGGACUAUUAGCGGAGUCGACGUAUAGAUGCCCAUCAAUCCCGAAAGCGUCUCCCGAUGGAAGAUCUUUCAGGUCGCUGUGCAGCUGGACGGUGUGUUUGCGUCACCGUCACAGAAAUCAGCUGUCAAGCGGACUGCCCCACGCGAAUGUCCGCACAGUGUCUCAGAGCACUCUGGACCCCGCCGAGGUGCGCAAGUUUCAGGCCAUGGCGAGCAAGUGGUGGGACUUGCAGGGAGAGUUCGCUGCUCUGCACUCCAUGAAUGAUCUGAGAGUGCCUUUCAUACGGGAUAAUUUAAUGAACAUCCAUGGCGUGCGGCACUCAAGCAAACCGCUGGCUGGUCUCAGGAUACUGGAUGUAGGUUGCGGUGGAGGUGUGCUGAGCGAGCCACUAGGGAGGAUGGGUGCAGACGUGUUUGGGAUCGACCCAGUAGAGGACAGCGUAAGGACCGCAGAGCUGCACUCUUCCUACGAUCCUGACCUACGGGAGAGGGUUCGAUAUCAGCCCUGCACCCUGGAAGAGCUUGCUGAGGAUGAAGCAGAGGGAUUUGAUGCUGUUGUGGCGUCUGAGGUGGUGGAACAUCUGGCUGACCUGGAUGCUUUUGCCAGCUGCUGCCAGCAGGUCCUGAAGCCUGGUGGCUCACUGUUCAUAACCACUAUUAACAAGACCAGUCUAUCCUACGUUCUUGGGAUCGUAGCAGCUGAACAGCUAUUGAGGAUUGUACCGAGUGGAACUCACGACUGGGAGAAAUUCAUCAGCCCGGAGGAUCUGGAACGACUACUGGAGUCUGUUGGUUUCUAUGUGGAGACAAUCAGAGGCAUGAUGUACAAUCCUCUCACAGGAGCGUGGGGCUGGCAGCAGAGCACAGCCAUCAACUAUGCAUUGCAUGCCAUCAAACGCAAAGAGGAACCCCAGCCUGAUCGGGUCUGGGCCGAGAGCGAAAGCGAAAACCUGGAAGAGCAACACCAAGCCAGGAGUUAUAGCUGAGCUUAUGUAAAAGUUGGAACUGCCAGACUUCACCUGAAGUCAGAACAGGAUGUCAAUUUUUGACUCGGGGUUGCCGUUUUUGUCGCAUUAGUGGAGCAUCGCUGAGCAAAAAAUUAAAAUGUUGCUUCAUAAAACUACAGUCGUGAAGCUGUGUAGGUCUAAUUGAGGUGAGGACUAGACUUAAGCACGUUUGAUUCUCAGCACCUCUUCAUAAAUACAGCUUUAUUUAAGAGUCUCUGAUGCUUGGUGAAGCACAGUAUGUGGUGUUUUGUUGUGUUUACCAUUGAUCGGUUCAUGUUCAAUCAAAAUGAAUCUUAAAGGAUAAAAGACAAUUGUAUAAUUAUAUGAUCACACAAAGUGUUGGUACUUAGUAAACAGAGAAUGGAUCUUGUCUGUUAUAUGGUUCGAGAAGGUUUUUUAUUCAGUUCAAACAUUUCUCUAGUUUGGGUACUACUGUUAAACUUAGGGAAACAAUUGCCUUCCAAACAAGCUUUCUUUUUUACGGUUUCAACAGCAACAACAUAAAGGUUUUGUCGCCCAAAUUUAACUUCUGGUAGACCUCCCCAAAGAAUUUAUUUUUUAACUUAUUUCCUAUUCUAUAACUAAACACAGACCGAUGUUAACUUCGUGCCAGGUGAUUCCGUCUAUACGAAUCAGUGAUAUUGGCGGUUAAAUGCAAUACUUCUUAAAGUUGUGUUAAAGUAUUUACAAUAAUCUUUAAUAUGUAUUUUUUAAAUAGCUCCCUUCAGUUGAAAGCCUAGUGACCUUAUUGCUUUAUUUCUGAUCGGCCCAAUAUAAACCCAAAUGCUGCAUGGUGUAAAAAAAAGUGUAACCCAUUCUUCAUGUACAUCUAUUCUCUAUAUGUUUUAUUAUGUGUAUAUUUUAUAAUCCAAUACAAUCUGCUGUGAUCUA